GACGUCUGGUCAGAGUUGGGUGCAGCUCCACCAGAGAAGGAAGCGGAGUUUCCGGCUGUUUGCAGCGGAGUGAAAGGACUGCUGACGCCGUGAACCACCGAGAAAAACGCCGCCGGUCGCCGGUGGCCAAGAGUUUGUUGCACUUCUUGUGGUCAUUUUCUUUCAUAUCUGGGGGCAGGUCUGGGUUUAUUUUCUCGCGCCGAGGGGGUCGGACAGCAAACCGAGCUAAGAAGCGGCGCAGGGGGUGAGCCACCAGCUACCGGCAUGGCCAGGGACUACGAUUACCUCUUCAAGCUGCUCAUCAUCGGUGACAGCGGAGUGGGGAAGAGCAGUCUCCUCCUGCGAUUUGCAGACAACACAUUUUCAGGUAGCUAUAUCACCACAAUCGGGGUGGACUUUAAGAUCCGGACAGUGGAGAUCAACGGUGAGAAGGUGAAGCUACAGAUUUGGGAUACAGCAGGACAGGAGCGCUUUCGCACCAUCACCUCCACGUAUUAUAGGGGAACACAUGGGGUCAUAGUGGUUUACGACGUCACGAGUGCCGAGUCCUUCGUCAAUGUCAAACGAUGGUUACAUGAAAUUAACCAGAACUGUGACGACGUGUGUCGAAUAUUAGUGGGAAACAAAAAUGACGACCCCAACUCCAAGGUGGUGGAGACGACUGACGCGCAGAAGUUCGCUGAGCAGAUGGGAAUCAAUCUGUUUGAGACGAGUGCAAAAGAGAACAUCAAUGUUGAAGAGAUGUUCAACUGCAUCACAGAGUUAGUUCUAAGAGCCAAAAAGGAAGUGCUGGCCAAGCAGCAGCAGCAGCAACAGAACGACGUGGUCAAACUCACCCGGAACAGUAAACGGAAGAAAAAGUGCUGCUAGCAACCUCCAAGACACCCACAAAAUGGCCGCCAGGCAGCAUCGCUUUUUCAUACACACACACAUACACACAUACACACACAAUGGGACUCAGAGUAUCUAAAUUAAAGAGAAAUAAAGAUUUAAUAAAUAUAAAAUGGAAGAUUUAAAAAAAAAAAUGGAAAAAUGUCCCCUUUGGACAGACCAAUCAUGGAGACUUUAAAAAGAAAUGAGCAGAUUUUAUUAGAUGUUAGAUCAAGUUUUAUUUGGAAUUCAGCAGAUGGGCAAUAUUUACCCGAGGUCCUCGUUUCUCAAAGGAUCUGCAAGCUGACAACUGACUGCCAUAAUUCCUAGAUUUAUAUCAACAUAAUCCCAUUCUCUUUCAUCAGUAGCUCAUCUCUCCUUCUCAUUCCACUGCACAUGGGACAUUCAGAGUCAUGUCAAACUGAGGAGGAGAAGGAGGACUCGCCAUUUUGGAGCUCUGUUUUUUCUUCUAGUUUUAUGUUGUUUUUUUUUGGGAGGGACAGUCGGGUGAGGCGGGGACUGUCCGCUCAGUCAGGAGACGAUGUGUCUUUUGGAGCAAGCGCCUGAGUAAAAGCAUGGUCUCACCACGUUACCACGGCUCAUGCCAGCACAUCAUGAACUGCUAGAUAUUGUUUUUAUUUGACUUGAUGGGGAAAAAGAAAAUCACACGUGAUGUUGAUGUUGAUGAUGAUGAUGAUGAUAAGUAGACGAUCUUUAGCGACUAAUCCGAUGGACAGAACUGGUGACUUUGUCAUGUUUUAAUUUUCUUUGUCUAUGUUUUGCCAAGCUCCUCCCCCUCUCCCCUUUAACCUCCAGUAGUGCUGAGCCAACAAUAACUGAUUUUACAUUUUUGUCGUGUUGUUGUUGAAGUACAGCAGAGCAGCAGAGCACACGGACCUGAGCUCUGACGGCACUCACUGCAGUCUUACUUUGCUUUUAAAACCUGUUCCUCCACCUGAUUUUUUUAAAUAAAAGAACGAUACUGCCAAUAUAGUAGAGAAAAACACACCAGGAGCCAAGUGGCGCCUCCCAUUGGACUGUUGCCAUAGUGACACCUGGUUGAAGGGUGAAUCAGGGUCAGAUUGGACCCAGUUGAGUCCUCAGGAAGUGCUCAGGGUUAAGCCCCCUCCCGCCCUAUGUCCAGUUUCUUUAGCCCCCCCAGCACAUAUCAGCACCUCUCACGGCGACGGACUCACUCCCUGUUUGUGGUCACAUGAGGAAACGAGUGGCUAGUAUCUGACCAUGUAACACUUUGUUUGAGCGGGUUUUUAUCUGACUGUCAAGGAUUCACAGAUCUUCUUCCUCAGCUCGCAGGAUGUUCUUAACUCAUGACUGAUGUCAAGUUUCUAUUUUUGUUUUUUCUGUCACCACUUCCCCUGCUACCUGUUGAACUGAAGUGUUACCGGACAGUGUUGAGAUGACGAUGGCGAUGAUGAUGAUGAGUGUGUCAGAGUUGUUAAUGUACGGCCCGGGUCAUACUUUCACCGUCCACUGACGUAAAUAUCAUAAUUCUUGAAUUGACCCUACAUGGAUGAACAUGAGGUCACCUGACCACACAUGCUCCAUGUUCACUUUCCAGUCCAGUUAGUGGUGCGCUCUGUAACGGGGGGUCAAAAGAGACAACGAAGAAUACAGUAACCAUGGAAACCUGCUUGAGUGUAUGUGAGGAGGCCCUUUUGUACCCACACACGUUCAGCUCAACACUCAAUUAAUACAAGGACGUACAAAAGGGGGCAAAAUCAUGUUGACAAAUUGCCACUACUAGAAUGGAAUAUGAGAUUGACCAUCAUUUUAGUUUGAGUGGAUCGCGGCCAUCUACGUACAUGCAAAACAGCUCUCUGCAGACAUGGAACGUGGAAAGUAUGACCCCUGUGCGGCACUGAAUCUGAGUGUGUUGGGGCCUGAGCUCCUCUCCAUUUCCAUGUGCACCACCAGGGUUUGUCACAGAGGCAAAGCAUCACAUUAAGUGGCUAUCACUGACAUUCUUUUUUUUAUUUUUGAAUUGGGAGAGUAAUAAAUGAAGAGAGUUGUAGGCACUGGCUCAGAGUCUGUCAGAAAUACGUGGGUUUCACCCUCUCGGCAGACUCUGGCGGGCAGUUUGGGAUUCUGAUGAACGUCGAGUGGCUGCUAUGUCCUCCGCAGCCCGGGGAUGGCAUCGAGUCUCACACUUUAUGAUUCUGUUCAUUAGGUGUAUGUAUAUAUAAAUAUAUUUGUGUGUUUAUAUUCAAAUAAAGAACAUACACACAUAAUUGGCACACCAAAUCGUGCAUGUGUGCUACUACGUGGAAACACACUCGUCAGCUGUGGUUUGCUGUACACUGGAGAAAAAGAUGUACUAUUCAUUUUUCCCUACAUGAAUUUAAUCAGUAAUAAACGUUUUAAAAGAAUAAAUAUUUGACACAUAA